UAGUUGUACUAACACAAUUUGGUUGAAAUUCAUACAUAGAAUGAUAUUUAAUAUUUGAUGCAGAAUUCUUCAAUGGGUGGCUAUGCCUGAAACUUAAUCACCACAAAGCUCUUCAAAAUGAAUGAAACUACAAGCGAGGAGGGAUUCCACUCCUUCGGAAUCUACGUUCUAGUCAUCCAAAUAGUUUUAUUCUCCAUAGUAUGCCUAGUUGGGCUGGUGGGCAACACUCUGGUAAUCUACGUGGUAAUCAGAUUCUCCAAAAUGCAGACAGUGACGAACAUGUACAUAGUGAAUCUAGCAAUCGCCGACGAAUGCUUCCUGAUUGGUCUGCCGUUUUUAAUCGUCACCAUGAUCAAGGAGCACUGGAUAUUCGGGCACAUGGCCUGCAAGGCCUACAUGAUCAGCACGAGCAUCAACCAAUUCACCAGCAGCAUCUUCCUUUGCAUCAUGUCUGCGGACCGAUACAUCGCCGUGUGUCACCCGAUUUCUUCGCCAAGAUGGCGGACUCCUUUCAUCUCGAAAAUUGUGUCGCUCUUGGCGUGGACAACGAGCAUACUGCUGAUCAUACCGAUCAUACAGCACGCCAAAGAGCUGGACCAAGGCGGCCACAAAUCCUGCGUGAUCAGCUGGGGCAACCCCCAAAAUUACUCCUACUUCAAUAGCUCGGAAGCCGACGGUAUACCGCAAGAAACCAUCUACAGCAUGUACACCUUCAUAUGCAGCUUCGCGGUGCCGCUGAGUUUGAUACUCGUUUUUUACUUCGAAGUCGUCAAGAAACUGAAGCACGUCGGACCGAAGAACAAGUCCAAGGAGAAGAAGAGAUCGCACAGGAAAGUCACCAAUUUGGUUUUGACCGUUGUCACAGUCUACGUCAUUUUUUGGCUUCCGUAUUGGAUUAUGCAGUUGGCCAGCAAGGGUGAAGAUGUAUCUACAUUUGCAAUAACUCUUCAUCUACUAGCGUCAUGCCUGAGUUAUUCAAACUCGGCUGUGAACCCAAUCCUGUAUGCUUUUCUGAGCGAUAACUUCAAGAAAAGCUUUCUUAAAGCAUGCACCUGCGCAGCGAAGGAUGUCAAUGCGCAGCUUCAUUUAGAAAACAGCGUUUUCCCGCGUAAAACUAAGCACAACUCGGAAAGGUUUAGACCGACCAGGGCCACCUCUCUUUGUCCCAAUAAUGAUGAAGAGUGCGACGUUGGGCCAUUGAUGAAUAAAGGAGACGCUUCCACUUCCAUUACCAUGACCAGUAGAACAAACAAUGCCACUUGUUUAGGGGAUAGCAGGGAACGAUUGCAAAGGUAUACCAAUAAAAAUGGGGUGGUCAUUUCCCAACCAACCAGUCUAUAAUUUCGUUUUAGGUAGUUAUUUAUAUAAAAAAUUAAUUUUGGUUUUAUGGUUAAAUGUUACAAUAUUGGAACAAAAAAAAACAGAAUGUGUGGACCAUUUAUACAAUAUAUUUAAAAUUAAUACAAUGGAAAAAUUAUAAAACCAAAAUUUUCGAUAUGAUAGAUAUAUGCCUGGAUAUUAAAAAUCAUAAUAGCAACGAAACAAAUUUAAUCAAAUAAUAAAACCAAAAUUGUUUGUAAAAUUUAAAAUAGCGAUUCGGGAAUGUUAUGUUACCUAAAUGUUUAUGCAAUCAAAAGUUGUAUUAUUUAUAAAAAAAUAAAGCAUAGCAAAUAUGCAGGGUACAUUUUUAGAAUAGUUUUGUCAAUAUUAAAAUGUAUAGUAUACGUUUACAUGUGCUAGUAUUAUAACACAGUACGACAAAAUUUGAUUUUUGGUCCCUCCCAUGAAAAAUUUCUACAGAUUCUAAAAAUAGAGUUAAAAAAAUGAUACCCGUGUCUCGGCGUUUUUGCACAUCACGUCAUAAUUUUUUUUUAAGGGCUAUCCAAUAAAAUGUUAUUCACACUAUUCGCGACAUAAUUUAAUAGACUCGAUAACAGCUGGACUGCAUAGUUAAAAAUAUAUAUAUUUACUAAAUGGAUAGGCAACCAUUAUAGAUGCAUUUUAAAAUUAUUUUAAUCUUAUACAGAGUUUUGCACAUUUUUAUAUAUAUAUAUCAAACGGUUUAUUUUUAAACCAAGUAACAAAAUAU